UUGUUGACGGACCCUAGCCUCCUGCAUCGACUAAGCGGAAAGUAGGGUAGAGUCUGGGAAAUAAGACGAUACGAGACUGAAUAUCUGUCUGAAUGCCUGAAUAUCCAACGUUGUGACGCCUGUUGCAUUGUAUCUCUAAACCCCGGGACAAAGCGGGGAAGGGUGUCCGAAUAUCUGUUGAAUAUCCAACUUGAAACCAACUUCACCUCGGUUGUAGCUCGCCAGCUGUAGCGGCAACGGUACACCUGGUUCCAUAAUCAGUUAACGAGAAGGUCGAUUACCGGCGAAUAUGAUCAAGGCAAUUUUAAUCUUUAAUAAUCAUGGGAAACCGCGACUCAUCAGGUUUUACCAGUAUUUUGCUGAAGAUAUGCAGCAGCAGAUUAUACGAGAGACCUUCCACCUUGUGUCGAAGAGGGAUGACAAUGUGUGUAAUUUCUUAGAGGGCGGAAGUUUGAUCGGUGGCUCUGACUACAAGCUGAUAUACAGACACUACGCCACGCUUUACUUUGUGUUCUGUGUGGAUUCUUCUGAAAGUGAGCUCGGAAUCCUAGAUUUGAUACAGGUUUUUGUGGAAACGUUGGAUAAAUGUUUUGAAAACGUCUGUGAACUGGACCUUAUCUUCCACAUGGAUAAGGUGCAUAACAUCCUACAGGAGGUGGUGAUGGGGGGGAUGGUGCUGGAGACCAACAUGAAUGAGAUUGUGGCCCAGGUGGAGUUCCAGAACCGCACGGAGAAGUCGGAGGGAGGGUUCUCAGCGGCGCCAGCCCGCGCCAUUUCGGCCGUGAAGAACAUGAACCUUCCGGAAAUCCCUCGAAACAUCAACAUCGGAGACAUCAACAUUAAAGUGCCCAGCCUGUCCCCCUUCUGAGCCGGGGGGCGGGGCCGGGGGCGGGGCCGGGGCUCGGCCCACACGCGGCCGGCGCACCGCUCCACGCGUUACUCACCGCGUUCGGUUCUGUUCGUUUUCAUUCCGCGGGAAACGGUAAAAGGGAGCAGAACGGGAACGUUGCGCUGAGAGUGGGAACUCCGCCCUGCAGAGAAACAGCAGUCUCAGUAGGUCCGCCCUCUUUCCUGUCCUGUCAUUCCAAACAGCUGUACUGUCGCGUAUUGUGUAGGUUGGCACUAGUGCGGUCGCAGUAUCGUGUAUGUUUGUUAUUAUUGUUUUCUAUGUUUAUGUAUUCUUGCUCUCUGCAGUCACCCAGGUAGCUUUAGGUUUGUCCAUUCUGAGCGACCCCUGAAAUCUGCCGGUUCUGUCUGGUGAAUCUGGAGACAUCGCUCAGGCUUCUGGCUCGUAACCAGGCCGGGUCUGGCACCGGCUCCUGCUGUUACCUAUUUGGCGUUUUAGCCAUCGGUCCCGCAGCCCUACCCGCGGAACGCUCCGCUCCAGGGUGCUGCAGCGCGGCCCUGGCGACCGGGAGGAGAAAUGGCGUCACGGCGGGCGCGUGGUGACGGCGGGGACUCGUUGGCGUCCAGCCCCGACGGCGGGAGGAGUCCCGUGUGUUUGGAGCGUGUCGCCGCUUGUCGUCCCGCGGGCCCCGCUGGAACAUCUGCGGACGGAGGUCCGGUUUCCGGCGGGGGCGCUUGUGCUCUCCGGGGGGGCUGAGCGUGCGCGGCAGGCGGAACAGCUGCUCUCCCCUCCGCGUGCCCGUGCUGGGCCGCCCGUUUCCCGCCGGUUGCUCUGGUCCCGCGGGCGUUGGGUCUGCCGCUGCUAAACAGCGCGCUCGGUGCUGCCCCCUUGUGGUGCGGUGGGGGAGACGGGGGGG